AGCUGGUUUACAAAGUCGCUGUUCUUAAUCCACAAUGAAUGUUUGUCCCCACCAGAAUCUGCAAUGGGCGACUGCGUGGAGGAGCCACUCUCCUCGGUUGCCCCCGCCUCCCCACAAGAAUCUGCACUGGGCGACUGCUUCGAGGAGCCACUCUCCUUGGUUGCCCCCGCCUCCCUACAAGAAUCUGCAAUGGGCGACUGCGUGGAGGAGCCACUCUCCUCGGUUGCCCCCGCCUCCCCACAAGGACCCAGCAAACGAGAAACCAUGACACCUGAGCUUUGCAAGAUGCUGCAGUCUCAAGACCUCAAGAUUGCAAGGCUGCAGCAAGAGGUUUUGAGGCUGCAGGCAGAGAAUGCCCGCCUCAAUAGAGAAGUGAACGACCUGCUGUCCAGGCAGCUCACACUAAACAUGAUCUGUAAAAGCAAGAAAGACUGUGCGUUUUAUACGGGCAUGUCAGAUUUUGAGAUUUUUGAGGGGAUUUACGACUACUUAGCGUAUUAUGCUUCCAGGAUGGAGUAUUGGGGCAUUAACAGGAGGUCACCGGGCGAGAAAAAGGGUCGGUCGCGAGAGUUCGAGCCGAAAGAGGAAUUUUUUAUGGUGCUGGUUCGGCUUCGAACCGGAAUGUCGGGAAAGGAAAUUGCUCGGAAUUUCGGCAUUUCCGAGGGCCAUUUCAGUAGGGUGUUUGCAACUUGGAUCAAUUUUUUGCACCGCCAGUUGAAGGCCUUGACGCGUUUCCCAACGUGUGAAGAGCUGCAAGGCCACUUGCCUGCCGCUUUUUUUAAGUUCCCUGACACGCGCGUGAUCUUGGACGGCACUGAAGUGCGCAUUGAGAGGGCGUCAUCACUAGCGGCCCAGCGGCAGACCUUUUCAUCUUAUAAACACUACAAUACGUUCAAGGAAGUUGUUGGCUGUGCACCCGAUGGUUACAUCUCUUUUGUUUCAGAUCUGUGGGGAGGGUCUUCAUCUGACCGCGUGAUCGUUGAGAAAAGUGGACUCUUAGAACAGCUUCAACCAGGUGAUGCCAUCAUGGUUGACAAAGGUUUUAAACUCAAUGACCUGCCACCGGGUGUGCGAGUGCACAUUCCUUGCUUCCGGAAACCUGGAGAGCCGCAAAUGGCUGAGAAUGAGCUCUCGCACACCCGACAUGUAGCAAGUGCUCGUGUCAUUGUUGAGCGUGCGAUUGGCAGAAUUAAACAGUUUCACAUUCUCGACAGACCGUUCCCCAUCACAAUGAUGGACCUAGCUGAGUAAACCUUUCAAGUUUGCUGCUACCUGAGCAACCUUCGUGGUCUUCUAAAUAAGAACUAAAAACCAGCCGCUAAGAAAAAAA